UUUGUUUCAGCUAUUGAUAACAUAAAGGAAACUUUUAUUGAUGAAGCCGUUGAGAAAGUUGACAUGCGUCAGUUUUAUAUUCACAUGUUAACUUAUUCAAAUUUUUUUUUACUAUUUAUAAUAAAAUAUCUAAUUUUAGAAAAAACAUUUUUGGACUCCUCAAUGUCUUCAACAUCUCGUAGUAGUUCGAUUGUUCAACCAGUCGAUAAUGUUGUUAGACUUUGUCUUUAUGGCGAGAUGGAAAUAAUUAAACUCAAUCUACAGCCCGACAUUCUAUACUUUGGUGAUCUAAAUGUUGGAGAAAUUUCUCAACGUGUCAUUUGUAUUUCAAAUUUAUCGAAGAUUGAAUCAGUCUCGUUUGAGUGUCAACCAUUGCCAGCUGUUCAAUUUAUUCCAAAAUCUGCAAAAUUGAAACCUGAAGGAUCUAUUGAAGUGAUCGUUAAGGUUCAAGCUAGAGAAAAUGUUGGAUCUUCGUUUGUACUUUUAAUCAAUGUUAUUAUGGAUUCUGAAGAUUCAGUUUUAUCGAAAUAUCCAACGAAAGUGAAAAUCGGUACUUAUCGCGUGACGUGCAUGCUAAAUGUUCUUCUCAAGACUAGAAAACCGAUGACUCAGUUCGUUAGAGGGAUAACUCCAUUGAUAACUCAUGAAGUUGGUUUUAUGACGGAAUGUGCUACUUUCGGUUCGAAUAUAAAGAAACCACAACAGGCAAUGUUAUUAGUUGAAAAAGAUCCGAAAAGACCGUGGGCAAAUAAAAAAUUAAUUAAUGCAAAUAUUAUUCUUGAUAGUGUACCUGCUUAUCCAAAUGACACACAAAAAUCUUUGAGACCUUAUAGAGGAUUACCGGUAAAAACUAUUUUUACUGGUAAACUGCGUUACUCGGGUGGUCCUAUUCAUCCUGAAGCUUUAUCUGUUAAACAAGCGAAUACCGUAAAUAAGCACCGUUUGUAUUGGGCUGCUUAUCUUCAUAUGUCACGAUUAUCACGUAAAAAUAUAAUGGAAACAUCGGUGGUGAAAUUUUCUCAUAAUGCAGAUAACGAUGCUGAAAUCAUUUCUCGACUUACGCGAAUUCCUAAACGGUUUAAAGAAUUACCACGGAUAUUUCCUUGUGAGAAGUUUCUCGAUAAGAAACCUUCGAGUUCUGAAAUCAACGCUGAAGUGUUGAUUCCGUUAUCGCCGUUACAAAUAUAUAAUGUUUACAUUUAUCCUACAACAAUCGAUUUUGGAAUGGUGGCAUGGAAAACAUUUAGCUAUCAACAAUUAAUUGCUUGUAACAAAAAUGAAUUUUCGAUAAAAAUUCAAUUUAUAAGUCGUUUAAAAAAUAUUCGAUUUCCUGAAGGGGAUACAAUAAUUUUACAACCUGAAAAAACUAUGACAAAGCUCAUUGAGUUUUACAGCGAUCGAAUGGGAAAAUUUAAUAAUUUGAUAAAUUACAAUAUCAAUGACAAUCACCUUUUCGAACUGAACGUAAUCGCAGAAAUUGUACAUAAGGAUUUAUCCAUCAAUAAGCGAGAAAUUAUAAUUGGAAAAGAUUAUUUGGAAGAUGAAUCAUAUAGGCCACAGUGGUCCAUUAUACAAAUUAGAAACAAAUUGGAUGCUCCAACAUGCUUCAAAUGGAACAUACCUAAUUCUUCUAGUUUCUAUAUAGAGCCAAAAUAUGGUAUUAUACGAGGUAACAGUAUCUUAAAUACGUAUGUGUCGUACAAUACUGAUUUUUCAAAAUCACCUUUUGCUGAGAUGAUUAUAAAAUGCGAAAGCGGGACUUUUUCGACAUUGCAGUGCAAUGUCGUAUUACCCGUAAAGCCAAAAGUUGUAUUCGUCAAUAAUCGUACAAAUUUAGGGGAUAUAUCUCUUAAUUUACCAUCCAGAGCGUACGGAAUUUUAUUUAAUUCUGAACUCACAGAGGUUUUUUAUGAGAUUGACUCAGCAUCUUUAAUACGUGGAUGCGAAAUUGAUCCACCGAAUGGAAUAGUACCACCACGAGGGAUUGCUAUUCUCGAGGCAUCUUUCAAGAUCGAUGUAUGUAUCGAUUUUAAUGUUAUAAUAUGCAUUAUCGUUCAAAAGCAUAUAAAAUUACAGUGGAAUGUUACAGGAAGCGUGCGAUUUCCACAAUUAAAAUUUACACCAUGUUCCAUAGAACAGCAUCGUGUAAUCAUCGAUACAUUUCAGAGUCAUCUGAUAACGGUCAAUAAUAUUGGAACAACUAGGUCAAAAUUGCAAUUUGUUUUAGAAGAGUAUCCUGAAUUUAGCAUUGUAAUAAUACCAAACAAAAAGACUAAUAUCGUUGAAGAGGAGACGAGUGUGAUAAUUCCAGCAGGAUCAAGUAUGAGUUUUUAUCUACAAUUUCAACCACUGGAUCCAGCAAGUUAUGUUUUUUAUCUUCCAAUUGUUAUCAAUGAUUUACUUGGACCAGUAUUGGAAACAGAUCCGAAAACAUUAAAAUCCCAGGAAUAUCUAUUGUCACAAAAAGAAUUUUAUAAAGAUAUAAAAGGAAUUACGUUUCUUAAAUUACCCUUGAAUCUUCCUAUUAUUUCUAUUAAUUUCACGGUUGCUGGACGUGCUGUACUGUUUAAUAAGUUCAAAUUUAAUUUUAAUGUCGCCAGCGACAAUGUGAGUCUUAAGGAAGUAAUAGAUGAGCUUAGAAUCGACAAUCCUGAUACGUUGAAAGAAGUUGUAAUAACUAUAAAAAUAGAUAAUUUCAUAGAGGAAGACUGUCCGUUUUAUAUCCAUUGGUCUUAUGGUAUCGUACCAAUGAUAACGUCAACGUCAAUUGUAUGUACGUUACUUCCAAGAGAAAAAACUGUUUUUUCUAUCGGAUUCAAGCCAAAUUGUCGGGGAGCUUUUAAGCUCGAAGCUCUAGUUUUUAUACGAAGGAAUACAGAAGAUAUAUUAUUUAAUACAAUUCAUUUUGAUGGUAUUAAUGCAGAAGAAUCAAUGAAAGCCGACGUCUCUGAAAUAUAUCUUUUACCUGUACCUUUUAAUACUUGUAUAGAGGAAAAAUUCAAACUAAAAGCUCAAUACUUUGAGCAUACUUCGAACAUUUCAUGGAAUAUAUUACCACCUGAUAGAUGUAGUGGUUAUUUUAAAAAUGAUAUGUUAACUAUUCGCUUUCCAAAUAAUAAUAUUAUUCCUGCUACAUCGUACACCGAAUUAGAUGUUAUUGUCUCGUUUAAAAGCAAUUCAACAGUAUCAUUUUGCACAAAGAUUGAAUUUCACGCUGAACGAAGCCUUGUUGUAUGCUUCGUGACAGUUUAUGCGGCAGCAGAUAAUAAUUUGCUGACAACUCACGUUUAUCUUACAACUACGUUCAAUUAUAAUGACAAAAUAAUUUACGAAAAAGAAAUAGCAAUGCCUGUUACGAAUUCAGUUAUUGAAUAUGAAACAGAAGAAAAUGAUUACAAUAAUAAACAGAAUUCUUUAUACAUUCCAAGACAAGAAGAAGAGGUAUUUUUAAACCAAACUCAAAGUCUGGAAGAUUUGUCUACUUCUUCUAUCGAAAUAUCUGUUGAGGAUAAUAACGUUUCUAGCAAAAUUAUGUAUCCUUAUUUUCCAGAGAAUAAUGGAAUUGUGAAUGAUUAUGAACAACAUAUGCAUGGUAUACUACUAUGCGUCGACCAAUGGUUAUAUACAAAUAUUUUUAAAUAUAGUUUCUAUGCAAAUAUUUCGAAUGGUAUCACAGCUAUUUUCUCGCCAUCAUUGCCUCUGGAUGAUAUUUUACGAAUUGAUGUUAUCCUUCGACAAUAUGAAAGAAUACUCGAGUUUUUACUCGAACAAGGAGCAUGUUUGGCUCAUGUAUCAGCAUACUUUCUUUUGAAUUACAAUGAUUAUAUUACUUUCAUUGAUUCCAUACAAUUUUCUGUAAGUUCAAAGAAAAUAGAAUCUUAUCAAUUUACAAAAUUAUCUAAGUCAUUAUUCGAAUCAAGAAGCAAACAAUGUUGGCUGGAUUUAAUUUUGCAAACAUAUAAAUGUUUUAAAUUAAGUCAUAUAAAUGAGAAUGAAUUGAGAACAAAAUUAACAGUAUGCUCAGAAGAAUUUUCAAAGCGAUUUACAAAUUAUCGAGAGUUCGUGUCGACGACUGAAAGUAUUCAAAGAAUGAUAGACUUUCAUGAUAAAUCCGUCGAAAAUGUUAUCAAUCUUAUGCACGAACGUAUAAAAGAAAGUAAUGAUCGUUCGAACGAAGAAGUAUUAUUGUUAUCUUGGUUGUAUCAUCAUUAUGAAGAACAAAGAACUCAAGAUUGGUUAACCGAUAAAAAAAUAACAUUAACUUCAUCAAAGCAAAAUAAUAUAGCACAUGAAAAGAAUAUCAAUAAUUUCGAUUUCAUUUUAUCAGACGGCCUCAUAUUAAUCGCAGUUACUGGUGCUUAUUGUCCUUUUCUAAUUGACGAGUAUUUUUCAAAUUUAUAUAUUAAUCCCAAAAGUAUCGAAGAGGCAUUACACAAUGCAAUUUGUUUGGUAACCAGCUGGACAAAAAUUAGACUUGGUUUUAUGAUAACACCCUCACAAAUUGUUCAUCCUAACAGUGUGCAAAUGUUGAUGCUAGUUGUCCAUUUGUUUGAAACUUUACCUUCCUACUUACCGAGAUUAAAGAUAAGAUUUAAUUGUCCUUUAACGAAAACUGUCAUUAAACAAGUAACUUUUACAAAUGUAACGGAUAAUCCAGUCGAAUAUUUGUUAGUUUUUAUUGGCAACGACAAUGGUUUUUUCUCGUUAGUACAAACUCAAUCGCACAUUCGUAUUAAUGCUCACGACGGCGUACAAGUGAAAAUAUGCUUUCAUGCAAAAAAAAUAAGAAAAACAAAAGCGUAUUUACUUCUAUGCGGUGCUGCAUAUGGCCCACAAUUUGGUAUUAAUCAAACUUAUAUAUUGGAAGGUAACAUUAACAACUUAGAAGUAUCGCAAAAACACAUCAUACGCAGUAAACUUUAUCAAAUCUUGAAUACCAUUUUAAUCAUUAAAAUACCAUAUAAAAAUGCAGCAGAUUACGAAAUAUGGAUGACGGAAGAGCAACCGAAUAAUACAUCAAAUUUAAAAAUGACAAAAUGGUCAGAAUUACGAACAAGAAAAGUACUUAGAAGAUUAUUUUUGAACCAAAAGAUUAUCACAGUUGAUGAAGAUGUAACGGAGGUUAAUUUAGGAAUCACCGUUGCAUGUGUAACACCUACUACUAGAAAAUGUUGGCUCAUUUGUCUAUCUGAAACGGGCGACUUCAUUAUUCAAAUAAUUUCACGUUGUCAACCAACUGUAAUCGAUCAUAUUGUGGUACAGUAUAAUAAAGAAUACAAAGAGUGUAUUUGCACUGAUGACCGAGGAUCGAAUGCGGAUUGUCCAUGUAACGUUACAGUUCUUAUACCAUCUCGGAAUAAUAAACUUUGGGACUGUAUAGCCCAUAUGUUCCAGAAAACAUUAAAUAUCCAAGAACGUGCGUUCUGGUCUCGAUAUUUAGACACAUAUAUUGGAUUAAGACUAAUACACUGGUUCAUGGGUCAUAACACUGAGACCGCGAAUUUAGAAUUCACGCAUAUAUUUAAAGCAAAAGUUAUGUUCUCUGUUUCUGCAUCAAAAGAAAGUGAUCUUCUCACAGUACCAGAGACUUUUAUCAUAAAUGACGUGAGAUUAGCAAAUCAGUACGUUCCAAUGAUUGUUCAUCUUUUACCGACUGAUUUACAAGUAUAUGAGACAACGUUAUCUUUGACUUCUGAAGAUGGUAAAGAAUUACGGAUUUAUGAAGUCAGUUUUUUGCAUGUCGAUGAGUGA